AUGGCGGCGAUGGAACCUGUUCAUCCACCGGCGGUUCAGAAUCAUUCUGCCACUAUGGCGACGAGUUUGAUAGGAGUGACGCCACCUUCGACUCCGCAGAUAGCGACGGCGGCGGCUGUGGCCGGAGGUUUCUUGAACUUGUCUCUAUAUGUGGGUGAUCUAGAGGCUACGGUGGAUGAGUCGAAGCUGUACGAUUUGUUCAACCAGGUGGCGCCUGUUAUCUCGGUUAGGGUUUGUAGGGAUCAGGCCCGCAGGACCUCCCUUGGCUAUGCCUACGUUAAUUUCGGCACUUAUCAGGAUGCAUCUCAUGCAAGAGAGGUUUUGAAUUUUACCCCUAUCAAUGGGAAGCCUAUAAGGAUUAUGUUUUCUCAUCGAGAUCCUUUUCUGAGGAAAACUGGACGUGCUAAUGUUUUCAUUAAAAACUUGGAUGAUUCAAUUGAUAACAAGGCACUGUAUGACACUUUUGCUGUCUUUGGGACAGUACUUUCAUGCAAGGUAGCUGUAGACAACGGUGGUUGUUCAAAAGGUUAUGGUUUUGUACAGUUUGAUCAGGAGGAAGCUGCACAAAAUGCAAUCAGGCGACUUAAUGGCAUGCUGAUUAAUGAUAAACAAGUAUAUGUUGGCACUUUUGUUCGUCGACAGGAACGAAAUAGCGUGGAUGGGUCACCAAUAUUUACUAAUAUUUUUGUGAAAAACUUCUCUGAAACUACUACGGACGAGGACCUUAAGAAAAUUUUUGGAAAGUUUGGUUCCAUCACUAGUGCAGUUGUUAUGAAAGAUACAAAUGGCAAAUCCAGAUGUUUUGGCUUUGUAAAUUUUGAACGCCCAGAAGCUGCAGCUGCUGCGGUUGAGAACUUGAAUGGAUCAUUAUUAGAGGACAAGGUUUUGUAUGUUGGAAAGGCUGAAAAGAAAGUUGAAAGAGAAGCGAAAUUGAGAGCCAGAUUUGAACAAGAAAGAAUUAGUAGGUAUGAGAAAUUGAAAGAUGCUAAUUUAUACUUGAAGAAUCUAGAUGAUGGCAUGAAUGAUGAAAAACUGAAGGAGUUAUUUUCAGAGUUUGGAACCAUCACAUCAUGCAAGAUCAUGCUUGAUCAGAAUGGAGUUAGCAAGGGUGCAGGUUUUGUGGCCUUUUCCACCCCAGAAGAAGCUAUGAAAGCUUUGAAUGAAAUGAAUGGGAAGAUGAUUGGAAGAAAACCUCUAUAUGUCGCUGUUGCUCAGCAGAAAGAAGAAAGAAAGGCUUGGCUGCAGGCGCAUUUUGCUCAGAUGCGAGCACCCGUUGGGAUGUUACCUUUACCAGCAAUGCCUGGAUUUCACCUUGGCGCACCUAGGUUUUCCCCACAGCAGCUCUAUUUUGGUCAAGUUGGUCCUGUGAUGCCACCUCAGGCUGCUGGGUAUGGAUUUCAGCAGCAGCACAUGCCUGGAGUACGAGCAGGUCCUCCAAACUUUGUCAUGCCUUUCCAACAUCAACGGCAAGGACCACCUGGACAGCAUGUGCAGCGCAACUUAAACCAAGGUUAUAGCAGAUACAUGAUCAAUGGACGAAAUGGUAUAGAUCCUCCUAUAGUCCCAAAAACAACUUCCUCGAGCAUUCAGCCUUCAGGUCCAGUGUCUAGUUCAACACUUGCUUCUGCUUUGGCUUCUGCUUCUCCAGAAAAUCAGCAAAUGAUGCUAGGUGAACAUCUUUAUCCCCUUGUGGAACUUGUUGAACGCAAUCAUGCAGGAAAAGUGACAGGGAUGUUAUUAGAGAUGGACCAGACAGAGGUGCUCCACCUUAUUGAGUCUCCAGAUGCUCUCAGGAAGAAAGUGGGCGAGGCUAUGGAUGUGCUUCGGUCAGUUGCAUCAUCUGACACUGGCGACAACCUUGGCUCCUUGUCCUAA